UUUUUCAAGCUGUUUUCUCCUCAUCUUGUUUUCCAGAAGAAAAAAAAUGGAAGAGAGGCAGACUGGAAAUACCCUGCAAGGAAAUGGAGUGGUUGGAAUCUUAUCAGAGGCUACAAACAAAUGGGAAAGAAGGGUACCCCUCACCCCAUCACAUUGUGCCAGGCUUCUUCAUGGUGGAAAGGGUAAAACUGGAGUGGAUCGCAUUAUUGUGCAGCCAUCAACCAAACGAAUUCAUCAUGAUGCUCUAUAUGAGGAUGUUGGAUGUGAGUUAUCUGAGGACUUAUCCGAAUGUGGCCUUAUCUUGGGUAUCAAACAGCCAAAGUUGGAGAUGAUUCUUCCAGAUAGAGCCUAUGCGUUUUUCUCUCAUACUCACAAAGCACAGAAAGAAAACAUGCCUUUGCUAGAUAGGAUAUUGGCAGAAAGGGUGUCUUUGUUUGAUUACGAGCUGAUUGUAGGUGACAAUGACAAAAGGCUAUUAGCAUUUGGAACUUUUGCUGGUAGAGCUGGAUUUAUUGAUUUCUUACGAGGAUUGGGACAAAGGUAUCUUCACCUAGGUUAUUCAACACCUUUCUUGUCAAUUGGGGCAUCUUACAUGUAUCCUUCCCUUGCUGCUGCAAAGGCUGCAGUGAUUUCAGUGGGUGAAGAGAUAGCAACUUUUGGGCUUCCAUCUGGAAUUUGCCCGCUUGUUUUUGUGUUUACGGGAUCUGGAAAUGUUUCAAUUGGUGCACAAGAAAUAUUCAAGUUGCUUCCUCACAGCUUUGUGGACGCAAGCAAACUUCCAGAGCUAUUUGAGAAGGCCAGAGAUAAUACUCAAACCACAAGGACAUCAAUAAGAUUCUUUCAAGUGUAUGGCUGUGUAGUAACCUGUCAGGAUAUGGUUGCACCUAAAGAUUCGACGAAGUUAUUUGACAAAACGGAUUAUUAUGCACAUCCAGAACAAUACAGGCCCAUUUUCCAUGAGAAUAUCGCCCCAUAUACAUCUGUUAUAGUUAAUUGCAUGUAUUGGGAGAAAAGAUUUCCUCGACUUCUGACCACUAAACAACUGCAAGAUUUGUCGAAGAAAAGAUGUCCCCUUAUUGGAAUCUCUGAUAUAACUUGUGAUAUCGGAGGCUCAAUAGAGUUUGUAAACCAGAGUACAUUGAUUGAUUCACCCUUUUUCAGAUAUGAUCCUUUGAGCAACUCAUACCACCAUGACAUGGAAGGAAAUGGAGUCAUAUGUCUCGCUGUUGACAUUCUUCCAACCGAGUUCGCAAAAGAGGCUUCUCUACAUUUUGGAGAUAUAUUGUCCCAAUUUAUUGGAAGUUUAGCUUCUAAAAGAGACAUUGAAGAUUUACCAGCACACUUAAGAAGAGCUUGUAUAGCACAUGGAGGUUCCCUUACUUCCUUGUAUGAGUAUAUUCCUCGAAUGAGGAGUACAUUUUCAGUAGAAAGAAAGGAAAAUAGCUACUCGAAUAAGAAGAAAUACAAUUUACAGGUUUCUCUCAGUGGCCAUUUAUUCGAUCAGUUUCUGAUCAAUGAUGCUCUGGAUAUAAUUGAAGCUGCUGGGGGUUCAUUUCGUUUGGUCAAAUGUCAAGUUGGACAAAAUGCUGAUGCUAUAUCUUUUUCAGAGCUUGAAGUUGGAGCGGAUGACAGAAGCAUUCUAGAUGGAAUCCUUGAUUCAUUGACCUCUCUUGCUAAUCCAAGUAAGAAUCAAGGAUCUCUACAUCAAGACAAACAUACCCUCUUGAUGAAGGUCAGCAAAUUCCAUCAUAACAACCGACAAAAUGAACAUGAUACAAAGAAGAAUGCAACAGUCCUCAUACUUGGUGCUGGUCGUGUCUGUCGACCAGCUGCUGAACUCUUGGCAUCCAUCGGAAGUAUUCCAUCUGGACAAUUGCUAAAGACAUGUACAGAGACUGGGUUUGAAGAAGGGAAUGACAUUCAAGUCAUUGUUGCAUCUCUUUACCUAAAGGAUGCAGAAGAUAUAAUUGAGGGUAUUCCAAAUGCUACAGCGGUUCAACUUGACAUUGCAGAUCAUGGAACUCUACUGAAAUAUGUCUCACAGGUUGAUGUUGUUAUCAGUUUAUUGCCUGCAAGUUUCCAUUCUACUGUAGCAAAUGCUUGUAUUGAGCAUAAGAAACAUCUUGUAACAGCAAGCUAUGUUGACAAAUCCAUUUUAGAACUGGAUACAGCAGCAAAGGAUGCUGGUAUCACUAUCCUUGGAGAGUUUGGCUUGGAUCCUGGGAUAGAUCACAUGAUGGCAAUGAAGAUGAUAAACCAAGUACAUGCUAGAAGAGGUAGAAUUCUAUCAUUUACAUCUUACUGUGGAGGACUUCCUUCCCCAGCAGCUGCAAAUAACCCAUUAGCUUAUAAAUUCAGUUGGAAUCCUGCUGGAGCUAUCAGAGCUGGGGGAAAUCCAGCUACGUACAAGCUCCAUGGAGAAACUAUACAUGUCCAAGGAGAUGAUCUCUAUGAUUCUGCUGUCAAAUUUCGUGUACCUCAUCUUCCAGCUCUUGCACUGGAAUGUCUUCCAAAUCGGAAUUCUUUAGUUUAUGGUGACCUGUAUGGAAUUGAAGGGGAAGCAUCAACUAUUUUUCGUGGAACCCUCCGUUAUGAAGGGUUUAGUGAAAUAAUGGGUACACUAGCAAGAAUUGGCUUCUUUGAUGCAAAACCUCAUCCAAUUCUCAAACAAGAAAGGAGACCAACAUAUCUGUCCUUUCUACAUGAACUUCUCAGCUUUCAAACUUCAAGCUUGGAUAGAAGUGUGAUUGUGGAAGAGGCUGUUACAGAAAGGAUAUUUGCUCUUGAAAAAUGCAAAGACACUACAACUGCUUCAAAAACAUCUAAAACUAUUAGAUUUCUAGGAUUUCAUGAGGAGAUUGAAAUCCCUUUAUCCUGUAAAAGUGCAUUUGAUGUUACUUGCCUCAGGAUGGAAGAAAGGUUAACAUAUGCCAGCACAGAACAGGAUAUGGUGUUGUUACACCAUGAAGUGGAGGUAGACUUCCCAGAUGGCAGGCCUCCAGAGAGACACCACGCAACUUUACUAGAAUUUGGGAGCAUUAACAAUGGUAAAACGACCACAGCAAUGGCUUGCACAGUCGGAAUUCCUGCAGCUAUUGGGGCUAUGCUCUUACUUGUUGGCAAGAUCAAGACAAGAGGUGUUCUAAGACCCAUUGAACCUGAAGUUUACGUGCCAGCACUAGAUAUCUUGCAAGCCUAUGGCAUCAAGCUGCUAGAGAAGAUUGAAUGAACUUGCCAGAUCUUGAUGGUACUACAAGGUUUCGUCAUUUAUUAU